GCAAUGUGGCAGGCACCGUUGCCGCCAUUGCGAUCGUGCUUGCAAGCGACGGCAGGCCAACCACUGAGUGGUCUGAAAACAUGCAGCCCGGGGUUCUUCUAGCCUAUAUGUCCACGAUAGCGAAUGCUCUCCUUGCUAUUGCUUUUGCCGAGGCUGUUGUUAUUGGGUAUUGGGCUAGGGCACUUCGUGGCGUUCCAUUGAGCAAUCUACAUUACAACUGGUCUGGAGGCACCGGGAUGAAGGAAGCACUGAUAGCUCUUUCUCGAGGGAGGGCUGUAUUCGUCAGCACCGUCUGUCUCCUUGUGGCUAUAACAAGCUUACUACGCGGUCCGUUGAUGCAGAGAUCGAGCCAUGUCAGAACCGAAACAAUCCUCAAUACCGGCAACAUCACACUGAGACUCGGGCACAAUGUGGACCCGGACGCCGCGGGUUACACAGAGGAUCGCGGCCGCUCAGUCUUCUCAUUCUAAAACUGGAUCUCCACGCUCACUCGCGAGUAUCAGGCACGAGCGCCAAUUCAUAUCCCUGAAGCAGGAUGUGACAAUUGCUCUUUUACUGUCCAGGCAUUUGGAUUCGAACCCAACUGUACUACUACAACCCUGCCUUACAACAUAACACACGAGGGUCAUCCCGAGAUUCCUUCGGCUCACACUGUCUUUGAGUCAAGCGUCACGGAACUCUCCCUUCUUUCAAUAAAUGUUACGAGGAAGGCAAGUCGUGGCUGUCAGGGUGGUCU